CAAAGACGAAGAACAGGCGAGCCACUCAUACUGCCUUUAAAUGAGAUACGUCAGUAACAUCUGAGUUUCGAAAAACUAUCCAAAGCAUCCACUUUUUAACAAUUUUUCUUCUUCUAUAUUCUUAGGAAUGUAGGCUUCGCAGAGGAUACAUAAAGACAUUUUAAUAUCCAAACAAACUGAUUGCAUGGAUUUUCGCCCGCCGUCUACCGAUUUUGUAUAAAUUGUCCGCUGCUGUGCCAGUUGCGCUGGAGCAGUUAUUUUAGCUCGUUUUAUCGAAUUGUUCCUUUUAUGAAGGGCUUCGUUUCGAAAUAAAUCACUGACUCCGUUUGCAACAGAUGAGAGCGCUCAACACAUCGGAUUCUUCUCGCAAGUGACCGAUUUGUGCCUGUGGAUCUCCCACUUGUAUACAGAUUCAAGCGCAACCCGUUAUAAUAUCACAUUUUGACUGGAGAACUCAUUGUACAUCGCAAUGGAUACAACUAUGUGGAGUUAUAUUGUUGGUCUUUUCGUGGUUGCUUGCCGAAUAAAACUGGCCCGGUCUACAAUUUUAGAAUCAAUCUAUUGGAAUACUUCGAACAGCAAGUUUGUUCCGGGAAAGGGUUUGGUACUAUACCCCCAGAUUGGGGACAAAAUGGACAUUGUGUGUCCACGAAUCAAGGCAGGCUCCACUGAGCAGAUGAACAUAGAAUACUUCCGUGUCUAUCUUGUUACCAAAGAGCAACUGGAGACCUGUCGUGUUGCUAAGGGUGACAUGGCUCUGCUCAGCUGUGACAAACCGGACCAGGACGUGAAGUUCACCUUUAAGUUUCAAGAAUUCAGUCCCAAUCUGUGGGGCCUGGAGUUCCUCAAAGGAAAGGACUAUCACAUCAUCUCCACAUCAAACAGUACUUUUGAAGGUUUGGACAAUCAUGAUGGUGGUGUUUGUAAGACCAAAUCCAUGAAGCUGAUCCUGAGAGUUGGACAGAGUCCUACAGAUUCAUUCUCAGCGAAAAACCACCCAACAAGUUAUCCUCCAAAAAACCCUAACAAUGAUGACCAAAGCAUCUUCAACAAAGAAAAUGAUGUUGUUAGUAAAGUUGACUCUAUACAGAAUGGCGAGCCCGGUGGGAAAAAUGGAGAGUCUGUAGGAUCCACUGGUUCUGAAGUGGCCAUGUUUGCUGGUGUGGCAUCUGGUACUGUCAUCUUUAUCGUCAUCAUCAUUGCUCUUGUAGCACUUCUGCAUCGCCGCCAUCAGAAACACUCUGCACAAUGCUCCGCCCAAUUGCCAUUAAGCACACUGCCCAAGCGCGGAAGUGCAGCAAGUGGCGGAAGCAACAAUAACGGCUCUGAGCCGAGUGACAUCAUCUUUCCACUUCGGACCUCAGGAAGCAUGUACUGCCCACACUACGAGAAGGUUAGUGGUGACUACGGACACCCCGUCUACAUUGUCCAAGAAAUGCCACCACAAAAUCCUGCAAACAUUUACUACAAAGUUUGACAGCAAGCACCAAGGAUACUAAUACAUUUCAAAUGAUGGACAUCUGCAUUUUGAUGGCAUUGAGAUGGUUGGUUUAGCCCAAUAAGUUGGAUGCUACAUGGGCAGCAGUCUAGUUCAGAAGAACUUCUGGAUUCUGGUGCACAUAGGAAUUUGAUCUUCUGUUGAUACCUUAACGUGAUAUGAGAAAGCUGAAUGACUUUCAAAGCCUAGAACAAUCUCACAAAUGAACAUGUCAUCAAAGUGCUGCAAAAUCAUACUGAAUAAAUCUCAAAUAAAGGGAAAAACCUGGAGUGGUCAUGUGAAGAGAGCUACGCAUCUUAGAGUAAUCUACCAGACAUAAUUUCUUGAAGCAGGAUCUUAUUAAUCUGAUUAUGUUACGAGCAUACGGGUCCAUUUUUUAUUUAUUGUUUUUGCUUAUUUUCACAAAUCUCAACUCCCAGAUCUUAGCUGAAAAUGGUCUUUGGAAUUCCUCAAUGUUUUUGAGUCAAUCCUAAGAAAGUCUGUUUUUUAAAGACUGUCUGCAUCCCAAAGCUGGCCUCAUGGAUGUAUAUUACAAUUCACAGACUUUUCUAGCCCUUAUUCAGUUUCAACAAAGUGUCAAUGUGCAAGACUUUGCCCAUGUGGUCCUCAAAACACAUGUGGUUCUUUCAAAUUUGCUUAUGACUUUUUAAACAUUUAUUCAAAGAACAAACAAACAAAACUGAAAAUCAACAUGCAGAAAGCCUCUUUGUUGACUUGUUAGUGUAAAUACAAUAUCCAGGCAUUUAAAUUAUGCUUUAAGUUAUGCUUUAUAUGAAUCUGAACACUUGUUUGCCCAUUUUCCUACAACAUGUUUGAUCAUCAUUGUUUAAACAUGAUAAAAAUGCAAGGAAAGUACUUCCCCAAACCAGAAGCCACAUGUUGCUGUUACACAUGGAUAUAUCACAAGUACACAUGAUCAACAUGUUUGUUUAAAAAAAAAAGUGCAGUUGUUAGACUUGUUUCUUAAUUCUAGCCAAUAGUGUGUUGAGGAAUAUUCACAUUCCAGUCGACUGGCAAUGUUGAAUAAGUUGAUUCAACGUAGUCACUUGUGCUGCUCUCUUAAGAUUUUUGUUUUUGUAUGAAUGAAUGAAUGGAUGGAUGGAUGGAUGAGAAGUACACAAAGUUGUUUUCUAUUGUUUAAAUAAACUAAGUGGCCUCU